AUGGAUGAUCAUCAUUAUUCUCAUAUAGGCAAAGCUGCUUUUGCAAGAUUCGGUGACAAUGAUAAAGUCAAAGGUGUAGUCACUUUUGUUGAAUCGUUUGACGCUGGCAGUAGUAAUCGACGCCUAGUUAUAACUGCAGUGUUCUCCAAGGGUUUUGUGAGCUCGAGUAUUAGUGAUUAUAAAUUUCUCAUUGAAGGCGGUGGUAAUCUGAAUGAUAUUUUUUCAAACUUGGUAAUUGAUCCUCCUAGAGCCAAAAUUUUUGACUGCACUUUUAUUAUCAAUGGGCCUAAAGUUAAAGAUCUCAUUGGAAAGCAAUUCGUUAUUAAGUUAAACAAUAAACAAAUUGGCCGUGAUAAAAUUUCAGCUAUUUAA